CAGUUCGAAAAUCCGAAAACCAGAGGCGCUUUGCGCACAUAAACUAGGAGCAAAAAUCAGACACUCAAAAGAACCCAAAAUUCAUCAUCAUCUAGCACAAAAAUUCAAGAUUCCAUUUUCCACUUUCACUCUCUCUCUAUAUGUUUUUACAGAUCGAUGGUAAGUGAUUAUGUACAUGUAAGAAUGAAUUGUUGGCGUCUGUUUUGAAGUUCGGUCUUAGUUGCAACUGAAGUUUCUGCGACUCGAUUUCUGGAUUUUUUAAGCGUUGAAGUUGGUGAAAUUCUGUAUUUGGCGGUUUUCGAUGGUUAAAGAAUAACUUAGGAGGAGAAGAAGGGUUUGGUUAUAGUUAUAGAAUAAAGAUUGUUCUAGUAGAGAAAGGAGAUGUUCUAUUCGCAGUUUAUAUUGGCAAAAAAGGGGCCGCUGGGGACCAUAUGGAUAGCAGCGCAUUUGGAGCGGAAGCUGCGCAAGAAUCAGGUUGCUGAUACAGAUAUUGGAGUCUCUGUAGACUCAAUUCUUUUCCCUGAUGUACCAAUUGCACUUCGGUUGUCUAGCCAUCUUCUGCUUGGAGUGGUGAGGAUAUAUUCUCGAAAGGUGAACUACCUGUUUGAUGAUUGCAGCGAGGCUUUGCUGAAGGUCAAGCAAGCUUUUCGCUCUGCUGCUGUGGAUUUACCUCCUGAAGAAUCGAAGGCGCCAUAUCACUCCAUCACUUUACCAGAAACAUUUGAUCUUGAUGAUUUUGAGCUGCCAGAUAAUGAUAUAUUUCAGGGUAACUACGUUGAUCAUCAUAUUAGUUCAAGGGAGCAAAUUACUCUUCAGGAUACCAUGGAUGGUAUUGGUUACUCCUCAUCAAAGUUUGGACUGGAUGAGAGGUUUGGUGAUGGUGAUGCUUCUGGAUUGGACCUUGAGGAGGAAUUAUUUUUGGACAACAUUGGCACUUCAGGACAGGCCGAGAGUGGUGAUCCUCAGGCCUCUGUCCAGCCGAUGACUCCUCUCAAGCUAGAUGAGCAUCCUCAAGAAAGGACAAAUUCAGAAACCAUGGUUGAUGUUGUUGAAGAUGCUGAUGUCAUGGACUAUGCUCACGCACCUUGUACUCCUGGAUUGGUGGAAGAGCUUAACUUGUCCAAUGUCCAAGAGGCUUCAACAUGUGAUGAUCAUCUGGAAGGGGAAUAUCAUUUAACGGAAUCUACUGUGAAAGAAAAUGCUAAAAAUGUUACUUCUGAGGGUAAACAAGAGGUAGAGUGGUUGUCACGAGAUGAUGUAAAUUCUAAUGCUAAUCCUUGGAUGCUGCCUGAUGAGGAUGGGUACCAUUCAGGUGGCCUGGAGAUUGAUAAAAGAAAGUUGCAGGGAGAAUCUCCUUUUAUUAAAGCUACUUUGGAGCAUGUGAAUUUCGCCAAACCUCCUUCAUCAAUAUCCGGACCAUCUUCUGAUUUAUCUAAUCAAGUAGAAGCUGUAACAGCAUCAGAAUUAGAUGAUAAGAUCCCUGAGGCUUCUAUUGUUCCUUCCAGGGAAGAUUUGCUGAAUGAAGUUGUCAACAACGAUAAGACAAACUUUCCCUCAGCAAAUGAGCCCUGUGAUGAUCCCCAAGGUCCCAGAGAAAUUGUCUUGGACAGUGAUCAAAAUAAUUCUGGUUUGACUGGCACUUGCCAGCAAGUCUGCGAAUCUGUAACAUUGACAGAUCAAGCAUUACUUGGGGUAGAAGGUCCUGUUAGUGUGGCAAGUGCAGGUGAGCUGGAUAAACCUUUCCGUGAUGCAUCAGAAGUAGGGGCUAAAAUCCAAGGUUCUUGCUCUGAGAAUCCUGAAACUCUGGCAUAUCAGGAACCUAUACAUUCAAACUUGUUGAACCCUGAUGUUCAUGAAAACAUGGCAGCUACUGAAACUCAAUUUCUCAGGCCAUGCAGUUCCAACCCAGAGCAACCUCACGUACCAAAUUUUGUACAUGACAUGUCAACGAAUCCGGACUUCCAGUCUGAUACUGCUACCUUGGGUUCAUUAGAAAUUUCUGGACGAGAGGAGACUGUUACGCUAGGUGGAGCAUGCCAGAUAACUGAUAAUUCGGAACAAAUUUCAAAGGAAGACCAUGUAGAAGAACUUCUUCCAUGUGAAGAUGCUCAUUCAGCGUUAAGCAAACUGCACGGUCAAGUGGAUAGUUUACAUUCAGAGGAUAGGCCUGUGGACAAUUUAAAUAAUUUUGUGGAAGCUGAUUUACCUGCUCCCGAGAAACUACUAUCAGUAAGAGCAGGCCAAGCUGAUAUACACACAGACAUGCUAGCAGAGGCUAGUCCAAGGGAAUUAGUAGGUCCAGAUGAAGAGGAUGCUGGGAGCAAAUUAUACUCGGGCAGAAAACGUAGUUAUACUGAAAACACAUUGACAGAGCACGGUUUAAAUUCAGUCGAAUCUUCAAGGGUGGUCCGUGCCAAAAGAACUACAGAAUCUGUUCCGGAUGAUGAUGAUUUGUUGUCUUCUAUAUUAGUUGGAAGAAGAUCUUCAGUUUUGAAAGUAAAGCCAUCUCCUGUUGUUUAUGAGGUAACAUCUAUGAAACGUGCUCGUUCUGCUCCACGCACUGGUGCUGCCAAAAGAAAAGUGCUCAUGGAUGAUACAAUGGUUUUGCAUGGCGAUAUGAUACGCCAACAGCUGAUGAACACUGAGGAUGUUCGUCGUGUCAGAAAGAAAGCUCCCUGUACACGGCCUGAAAUUUCAAUGAUUGAGAAACAAUAUUUGGAGGAUGAAAUUUUUCUUGAACCGAUAUUUUCUGGCUUGUCAAUCGAAUUGGCAUCUUUGCACGGUCAAUCAUAUGACUUGAGUAGAAUUAGAAUCUGCCAAAAUGACGCUUCAUUUGAUACUGUGGCUGAACCCAAUUUCCAUAAUGGCGAAAACAAUGUAUUCAUUGAAGAAGCAGCUGAACCAAGAUUAGCUUCCCAAAAUGAUGAAAAUAGUAUGAACAGGGACAUAAGAAAGGAAGAAGGAUCUGAUGGACCCAACGGCACAGAGCAAAUAGGGAUGGGAGAAAACUCUAAACUUUUGGUAGAUGGGAAUAAUGAAGUGGCUGGAGAUCGUGAGAUUCUGGUGAAUGAGAGCUUGCUGGAGACAUCCAUUGCCACCAGUGUUGAAGUUAAUAUCUGUCAAGAGCCGAUGUGUCCUACUAAUGAUGGUGUGGAGCCCGAUGUUUCUCAGCAGGAGCUUUUGAAGGAUGUAGUUGAACUAGAAACAAUUGAUAAAUAUAUUAAUGCGGUAAAUCCUGCUGUUAAUGAGGGAGUCGUGUCAUCAUCCAUCAUUGAUCACACUUCAGGUGAUAUGGAUGAUGCUCCUGCUGUUAUGGUUCAAACAGCUUCUUUGAAUGAGACCAGUGAGACAAACUCUUCCAUGAAUGUGGACGCACCAGUCAAUUUACCUGAUCAGAAGACAGAUGCACCCUUCCUUGAGUUGGAUAUUUCAGCGGUGGAUGUGAGCAAUGAUAAGGCGAUUGGUACAGAUGAAGUCACAGUUAAGAAUGGUGAUAUUAUUGUAGUAGAUGAAACAGAACCUAGCACAUUGUUUAAUGUCCUAUCAGACUUUGCCAGACAUGGUGCAGCAGUUGAACAGCUACCAGAUUCCAAUCAUGGAGAAUUGGAGUGUAAUGUCGGUCCUUUUGGCGAACAGAAGACCGAUAAUGGUGUGUCUGGCAAACAACCAAUAGUAGGCUCAUAUCCAGCACAAAGUAGUGCGCAUUUGGAUGAUGGUUUCUUGAAUGAUGAUGAAAAUCCAAUUCAGAAGGAAGACUAUCGUUACCUCAAUAUGACUGAUGGAGAAGUCUCUGGUUUGGACUUGCAUGACCGUGGUAACUUGGAUUACUCUGCCCCGGUAAAUGACACAGAGUUUCUCAACGUUGAUGAUGAGGAAGUAGCUGAAAUAGCAGAUGAUUAUAUGCCUGAUGCUGAAGAGUCUCGCUUAACUGAGAACAGUGGGUGGUCUUCACGUACAAGGGCUGUUUCCAAGUAUCUUCAAACCCUGUUUGAGAAGGAGGCAGAUUGUGGACGGAAGUCACUUUCCAUGGACAACAUGUUAAUUGGUAAAACGCGCAAGGAAGCAUCAAGGAUGUUUUUCGAAGCAUUGGUGCUCAAGACAAGAGACUAUAUCCAUGUAGAACAGAGAAUCCCUGUUGAUGACAUUACCAUUAAACCUCGAAUGAAGCUGAUGAAAUCAAACUUCUAGAAUACUGACACUAGAGCAGAACUUGUUUUAUUUGCGUGGAGAUCAGAUUUCUUAUUUCUAAGUAAAUGCUAUUGAAGUUCCUAGUCGAGAUAUCAGGUAGUCAUAAUUGUAACUGGUAGAUUGUUUCUAGUUAUUGUACAAAUAUGUUGUAUAACAUGCUUCUUAUUUAUACAUGUAUAGCAUGGAAAUACUAAACUCUAUGUUGCAAAUGGAGCUAAUUAUUCUUCUC